AUGGAUGGUAUAGAGAUAGAUUUGUCACUUUGUGGAUUUUGUAGAGAUAAAAUCGAGCCAGGAGUCGAAAGAUAUCGCUGUUCAGAGUGUGUUGGACUAUUCCUUUGUACAAAAUGUUACCACUCCCCUCAAUCGAAUUUAGCUCACACUGAUAAAGCACCAUUACCUCAUUUUUGUAAUAUUGAAACAAAAUCUGAUAUAAACUAUUGGAGCUUUAUUAAAUGCGAUACAGUCUAUCAAAGUUUUGUCAAUUCAUUCACUUCAUUUUCAAAAAGAAGAUGUAUUGGUGUACGAAAUGAAAAUUCAACAACUAAUCCAAUCAACUGGUUGACCUAUGAAGAGAUUUAUGAUAAAUCACAAAGAUUUGGCACUAGUUUAACAAAAUAUAUUCCAAGGGAAUCAAAAGUUGGUACUAUGUUGGAAAGUUUACCAGAAUGGUAUUACGUUGAAUUUGCAUGUUUAUAUUAUGGAUUCACAAUGAUCACAAUAAAUCAACAUCUAAAUAAAGCUCAACUUCCAAUUAUUCUUAACAAUGGAGAACCAUCAGUUUUAGUUGUUUCAAAAUAUACACUACCAAGAUUGAUAGAUGUUAUUGAUCAAUAUUCUAAAUUGACCAUGGUGGUUCAUGUUGGUGAUGAAUUCGAUGAGAAUCUUAUAUCCAAAUUACCACAAAACGUUCAAUUCAAAAUGAUGUCUGAAUUAAUCGAUCAAACACCAACAGAUCAAAUUGGUUCACACUCUCCUCUGGUUGAUGGAAUAUUGGCAUUAGUUUACUCGAGCGGGUCAACAGGUAUUCCAAAGGGUCAAAUACAAACAAAUAGACAACUAUUGAAUGUUUUGCAAAAGACCUAUACCCCUGAACUUUAUUUCUUAACAAUGAGUUUUUUGUCUUUAUCUCAUGCUCAAAGAAUAUUCGAUCUAUGUACAAUUCUUAAUGGUGGAAAGAUAGUUGUUUACAGAUCAACAAAUUUGGAUUCAUACUUAAAGGAUGUUAUUUAUAUCAGACCAACCUAUUUCUGGGGCUUACCUUCAUUUUGGAAUCAGUUUUACACAAGAUAUCAAUAUCAACUUCAAUCAAUUAAAGAUAACAAUCCACAACUAUCAGAGUUGGAAUUGAAAGAACUUGCUAUCAAUGAAUCAAGAUCUAUGUUAGGUGAUAGAGUUCAAUUGGUUGUCACAGGUGGUUCUGUGAUCUCUCAAGAUAUUUUACAUUUUAUGAAAGAUUGUUGGGCUGACAAGGUAAUAAAUCUCUAUGGUUCCACAGAGUGCUAUCAUAUAACCGUCAACGAUGUUUUAAAUCCAGAUGUCCAACACAAAAUCAUUCCUAUUCCAGAGCAUCCAAACUCCGGUCAACAUCCAGUUGGAGAAUUGGUUGUCUUGUCUCCAAGAGUAAUCAAAGGUUAUUAUAGAAAUGAAGAAGCAAACAUAUGCUUUCAAGAUGGAUGGUUCUACACUGGUGAUAUUGUAGAAGAGUAUGAACCAAGAAAAAUAAGAAUUCUUGAUAGAGUUAAAAAUUCAUUUAAAGGUCCUCAAGCAAAAUAUGUCUGUCCUGAAACAAUUGAAAGUUAUUUCUACACCUCUUCGCUAAUCAGAAAUAUCUUUUUAUACGGAGAUUCUUAUCAUGAAUUUUUGGUAGCAAUUGUCAUUCCAUCCGAUGAAGCAUUGGAAAGAUUCAAUGCUUCGAUUAAAGAUUCAAAUCUAAAUGAUAAUGUUAAACUUAGAAAUUAUAUUUUAGAGGAUAUAAAACUAAUUACAAAUCAAAAGAGUAUUGCAUUCUGGGAGUCACCGCGCGUCAUUAAACUAGACAACACAAUCUGGUCACCUGAAAACAACCUCUAUACUGGAACCUCUAAGAUGGAUCAAGUAAUUGAUCUUCUCACAAGCUAUCUCGAACAACCAUUCGAUGAACAAAAUGAUAGUUCUAAUAUAAACAACCCAACUUAUGAUAUACUCUUGGCACCAUUAAAGGUAUCAACACUCGAUCAAAUCUCAUCUAUUGCUACCAACCUCAUUAAGAAUGAACCUAUUAUGCAAUUGAUAAUAAAGAAGAUAUGUUCGAAAGGCUUUGCUCAAACUAAGAAUGAAUUACUUUGUCAAUGGUUUUACACUUGGUAUAAUCUAGAGUCUAUCACAGCAAAGAGAUUCGUUCUAGCAUUUGUACCAGCAUUCCUAUGGGUGUUCUUGUAUGGUCCAAGUCCAACUACACAUAUCGGCAUAGAGACAUGCAUGAUUGGCAUAUACAACCAUGAAUUGGUUGAUCGCGAAGGCAACGACAAUGUGUUCCAACCAGUCUCUGUUACUAUGCCCUCUUUUAUAUUCAAGUCGGUCACACCGGAUGCAGAGUCUGCUCUGACUGAAUCGACAUUGAAGCAGCUGAAUCUACAGUCUGUACCGGUGAUGGUUGAGCGUGCACUCACCAGAAUCGACGCAGUGACCACUGCCAAUCGCACACAGAUUCUGCGGACCAACAUUAAAGUAUACAACGCAAAUCUAACAUAUAUGCCAGAGAUAUCGAGAACCAUGUUUUGUGAGAUGUGUAUUCGUGUAUCGGCAACUGGCUAUCCAUUCUUACCAUUGGCACAAGACUCACCAUCUCAACACCAUCAUCAUAACAAUAACAACAACAACAACAACAUCAACGAACAAAGUAGCAGUAGUCUUGCAAGCAUGGUCAAGUCGAGUGAUGCGCUAUUUGAGGAGAGUGCACCAUUGUCACAGUCAGAGAAUCUUAUUGAAAGACAAAGAAAAGAAAGAGAAUCUCGUAAACAAUUUAGAAUGACAUCCUACUUGGAGUUGGACUACCAAUUGCAGAGUCAUCACAAUCAACAUCUCACCAAUGGCAAUGGAAACACUACACAUCAGCACACUACCAUCACCACCACCACCACUAACAACAGUAAAAUAGUUAAACGAUUAUAUAUAACAGAGAGUGUCUACAGGGAAUUGAUCACCGGUUUGACCUACUGUGCAUUCCAAGACUCUACAAAGUCAAUGGCAACCAUUGCACUUAAAUCGAUUAACCAGAGAGCAAGUCACGAUCUGGUACCAGAGAUAAUGCUAUAUUCAAACUCUGUAAUCAAUGUACUACAACAUCAACAUCAAAAUUAA